AUGAUCCCGCGUCCCGCCCGCAGGGAAGGCGCAGGAGGCUCUGCUGCAGCGCUACCGGGUGGGUUCGCUGCUGGGGCGCGGCGGCUUCGGCAGCGUCUUCUCGGCCACGCGGCUCUCGGACGGCGCCCCGGUGAGCGGCGGGGCCGGCGGCGGGCGCAGGAGGAGGGCGCGGAGGGGGAGGACGAGGCGCAGCAGGAGGAGGAGGAGGAGGCUGGGUCUCGGCAGGGCGGGCGGCGAGCUGAGCCCGCUGCUGCCCUUGGCUUGCAGGUGGCCAUCAAAAGGGUGCCGCGGAACCGCAUCCGGCACUGGGACGAGCUGCCCGACGGCACCAGCGCACCCCUGGAGAUCGUGCUGCUGGCCAAGGUGUCCACCGGCUUCCCUGGUGUCGUGCAGCUGCUGGAGUGGCUCGAGCUCCCCAACAACAUCGUGAUGGUGCUGGAGCGGCCAGAGCGCUCUCAGGACCUCCUGCGUUUCAUUCGGGCACGGGGGUUCCUGUGCGAGGAGGUGGCGCGGGAGCUGUUCCGCCAGGUGCUGGAGGCCGUGCGGCACUGCACCAGCUGCGGGGUCCUGCACCGCGACAUCAAGCCAGAGAACAUCCUGGUUGACCUGGCCAGCGGGCAGGCCAAAUUGAUCGACUUUGGCUGUGGCACCUACCUGCAAGACACAGCCUACACUUACUUUGCAGGUGAGCCUACACAGGGCUGUGCUCCCGCUCCUGGCAUCUCAUGGCCCAACAUGUCACAGCCCAAGCUGGCUGUGGCAGCGGGCAUUCUCCCUUUUGCUGCCAGGCAGGGGACUGAGCCUCCAGCUGGCUUGCUUUUGAGCCGGGCUGGGUGGGGAGGCAUCUUCCAGCCCUGCUGGCAGCCUUUGCCAGCCACUCUGCCCUGGACUUGGGCUGGGGCAGCCAGGCUGACAAAAACCCCCGUGGGUGGGGGUAGCAGAGAGGCGCAGCCAGCACCAAUGCACCAGCCCGUUUGGAGUGCGGGCGAGAGGAAGGGCUCCCACUGCUGCACUCGCCCUGUUUGCCUGGCUUCAUAA